AAGAGGCGAGGAAAGUGUAAAAGAAAACGAUGAAUAUGUAGGAAGGAACCAAGAGGAGAUCGAUGAUACAUCUAAGAGGGAGAUAAUAGAAGUUGUUGACAAUAUUCCAUACGUGGCAUAUCCAUUUCAUCUCUUACCUACAUUUCAUCACCUUCAAUCCCUUUAUUUAAAAAAUCUUACAAAAGUUGAGGUGGUGUUUGACAUAGAAAAUGCAACUAGUAGAGAUUUGACAACAUGGGAUAACCAACAACGACCAAUACUUUCCUACCUCAAGGAUUUAAAACUAGUUAAUUUGGAGAAGAUGAAUUGCGUGUGGAAGUGUACCUCUUGGAAUCAUUUUUUAUAUUCUCAAAAACAAACAGAAUCCCCGUUCCAGAACCUUACAACCAUACGCAUGGAAAAAUGUGGAAAGAUAAAGUACUUGUUUUCACCUCUUAUGGCCAAACUUCUUUUCAACUUGAAUACAAUUGACAUAUCAGAAUGUGAUGGUAUUGAGGAAGUUGUGUCAAAUAGAGAUGAUGAUGGUGUUGAAACAAUGGCGGCCGCUUCGACAUCUUCUGGCACAAACCCCACUUUCUUCCCACAUUUAGACAGUCUGUCUCUUUCUUGUUUAUCAAAGCUAAAGCUUAUCCAUCAUGAAUUUGGAAGGGGUAAUGUUAUCUCCAAUAUUUCCAUCCAUGAGAAUUUCAAGAGUUAUGAAGUGAAUGGUGUUUCAUGGUCCUUGUGCCAAUAUCCCAGAAAGAUAACGAUAAGUGAAUGUAAUGCACUAUCAAUCGUGAUUCAUUCCAUACGAUGCUGCAGGAAAAUUACAAAAGCUUCAAAAGUUGAAAAUAACCGAGUGCCGGUCAAUGAGGGAGAUAUUUGGAAUUGAAGGGGGUAGCAACAACGGUUGUCAUGUUACUGAUGUAGAUGAUGAAAGUAGCGAUAUAGUAACAACCCCAAGAUUGGCAAAUAUGAUUCUGCUUGAAUUACCCAAGUUAACGAUAUUGCGAAUCAAUGAGUGUGAUCUUUUGAAACAUGUUUU